GCGCGCGACUCUGUCGUCACGCACGCGCGCCGCCGCCCGUCAGGGAAGGCAGCUGUCAUGGCGAGCUCGGCCGCCUGCUCCGUGAGACCGCCGAGGCCCAAGAAGGAGCCGCAGGCGCUCAUCAUCCCCAAGAAUGCCGCGGAGGAGCAGAAGCUCAAGUUGGAACGGCUCAUGAAGAACCCGGACAAAGCAGUUCCAAUUCCAGAAAAAAUGAGUGAAUGGGCACCUCGACCUCCCCCAGAAUUUGUCCGAGAUGUAAUGGGUUCAAGCGCUGGGGCCGGCAGCGGCGAAUUCCAUGUGUACAGGCAUCUGCGCCGGAGAGAGUACCAGCGCCAGGACUACAUGGAUGCCAUGGCUGAGAAGCAAAAAUUGGAUGCAGAGUUUCAGAAGAGACUGGAAAGGAAUAAAAUUGCUGCAGAGGAGCAGACUGCGAAGCGUCGGAAAAAGCGCCAGAAGUUAAAAGAGAAGAAAUUACUGGCAAAGAAGAUGAAACUUGAACAGAAGAAGCAACGUGAAGGAUCCAGUGAGACCCAGGAGCAGCCAUCCAGUGGCUCCGAGGAGGCGUCUGGGACGGAGGACGAGGAGGAGGACGCGCCCAGCUUCGUCACGGGGCGAUGACAGGGCUGGCCGUGCAGCUAUCUGAGCCUGGCCCGUCCUGGGCCCGGGGCUCCGAACGCCCUCCCCAAAGCCUCAUGAGAGACACAGUGGGAGCCCCGCUGCGGGCAGGACUCGGGGCAGGGAGAGGACUGGCCUCCAGGACGCUCGAGGGCGCUGCUAAGCGGGGUUCAUUAAUGUCCUUGUUGAAAGAGGGGAACCCAAGGCCUGCUCUCACAUAAGUGGACAGUGACGACCUUGGGGCUGGUUUCUGUGAAACGAAUGUUUGUUUAGUAAAGAACAGAAAAACUCCAGGUUUUGCUCAGACCUGAGACAUGCUGAUUACAGAAGCUGCAGAGAGGCUGUGACACAACACGACAGGGAGGGGGCUGGUCCCAGACUCAGAGGAAGCGGCCUCGGCUCUGGAAGGAGCCCUCACUGCAGGGCCUGGGGCCUCCGUUUCCUUCAGCUGAGGGUGCAGACUGCGCCCCAGGACUCGUCUCCCUCCGCGCAUCCCACCAGCUGCAGAGGGAGGCCUGGGACUGAACCUGGGGCGGAGCCAGCAGAGAGGACCUUGGCGUGUGAGGAGGACUGCAGAAAACCAACUGGUAUAGAAAGUCAGCAGGAAGAGGAGCCAGGCUGGGCCGGGCCAGCGCAGGCGGCCUGCGGGGCCCGGAUGGACCAGAGCAGGCGGCCUGCGGGGCCCCGCUGGGCCGCAGGUGACACUGGCCAAAAGCUACAUUUUCUUCGAGAGGGGAAAGGGGAUCUAAGCGGAAAACGGAAGGUGACUGAGGGCAGCCUCUCAGGCCAGCGGGAGAGACAGAGUUUCUAACUAGAGCCUUCCAUCAUGGUUUUUGGUAUCCCCAAGUUUCUAGGUCUAUCUUGUGCCUUUUAUAGAAAGUUUGAUAGAAUUAAGGAGAUAGUGGUUUCCAGUGAAGGGAAACGAGGAAACAUCUUACGUUUCUUGAUUUCCCUGGCUCCAUCCUGAGCCAUGUGAUGUCUGUGAUAACGUCUGUCUUUCCACAGUUUAAGUCACAGGAAUUUUCUUUCCCAAGAAGCUGAAAUGGAAAGUCGGCCCUCAUAAAUCAGCACACAGCCUGUCCGUUUUGAAAGCGGUGUUUCUCUUUCAUUAGGGGCUGACCGGUUAGUUCUGUGUCCUCCUAUCUUUGAACUGUUGGUUUCCUUUGUCCCCUCAAAGUGUGUGUGUCAGAGCUCGUGCUUCAAGCCUGGAGCCCUGGGAUUGAGUUCUGGCCCUCCCUCUGAUGGGACAGAGAACUCCGGGCAAGUCCCUGCCCGGUGCGCCCAGCCAGGAGCUCGGAGCUUCCGCAGCAGAUGUGUGCUGGGCAGGUGGGCAGAUGACAAGACUGGGUACUUGUUUUUACCUUUACUGGAUGUCAGAAGACGCUGCUCAAGGAGAUGUCCUCCAGCAGUUCCUGGUGACGUGCAGUGGGCUUUUUAGUGCCUUAGGUUGAAUGACUCGCAGGCUUUCUGUUACCAACCAGAAACUUGGAUCCACUCUCCCAAUCCACUCGGCAGAACCAGGCGAGUGACACCGCACUUGGUGUUAUCACAGCCCAGUUCACUGCAGGGCAGCAAGCAAGGAGAACAGGCCAGCUGGUGCUCAAAAGCCCAAAAGACUGCGAGGGAGAGGGGCACAGGGUGUGGGAUCAGCUCAUGUACGGUUCUGAUUGGUUGAUGGUGAGUAACUGGGUGAUGUUUGGGGACUCUUAGCUUUCUGGUUCCUGCCCGACUGGGGUCUACGUUGCUGGUGGUCAGCGGGAAAUCUUAAUACCUGCAAAACAACUCAAGGGUGUGGUUCAAGAUACUACUUAUAGCCCUUGAGGAGGAACUAGAGGGCCUUGACUUUGUGUGUGGCUGAAUUACUUUGUCUUUCUUGACUGCUUUCCUGUGUUUCUUCAUUUUCUCAUUUGUAAUUUGUGCAAGAAUGUGGGAGAAAGGCAUUGACUUUCAUUUUCAAAUUCUUUUCAUUUUUAAAAGAAUUCUCAAGUUGCUUGGUGCCAGUCCUUUGUAUUAUGAAAACAUUACCUCUCUGAUGGCUUUGUCACAGCACCUGGACAAACGCUUGAAAAUCAGACACAGUACAGUGAGGAUAGAAAUCCAAACACACCUGCUGUAUACCCAGAGUCUGUUACAGAUGGCAACCAGGAAAAUCAGUUUUGGAGUGAGUCAUUUUUAUAUAAAUUCUGUAACCAAGGAGUCUUUUGAAUUAACGCUCUAUUUAUUUGGGUUUCAGCUUCUCCAGGGCUAUUUUUUAAAAUAUAUGUGUAUAUAUAUAUAUAUAAAUAUAACAGGAGCUGUUGGCCACUGCACGUCAUUUUUGUGGUUAAAAUGUAAAGCAGUUUUAUCAUCUGGUACUUUUCUGCCCAAAGAAUCUAGCGCCUUCUGCUGGGAAGCUACAGCCUGAGCUGUCUUGGUGAUUACUCUAGGAAGUCCCCUACAUACAAACCUGCAAGUUUCGAACUUGGAAAGAUGUAAAUGUGAUCCAUCCAGCUCAGGUGUGAGUGAAGCUGCACCUGCCCUCCAUCUCCCGUUGCUGACAGUCCUUCAGCUCCACCAUCUCCCUCCAGUCGGUAACUCUUCUUAGCUGCUCACUCAAUGCCAGCUGUUGUAUGACUGUACUUUUCAAGGUACUGUACUGUAAGAUUAAAAAUGGUUUUUCUGUU